UUAUAAUUUUACAAAAAUAAAAAAUAUUUGUAUAAUUAGAUCAAAUCACACCGCUAUUUGCCUGAGAGUUAUAAAUUCCAGCGACUAGUGUCCUCCCUCAAAGUGCCCACCCAAAACAAGAACCAGUCCAGAUCCAUCUUCAUCUAGCCACCACCCACAGCUGACUCUGCCAGAAACUUCACAGCAAUGGAUGAGGAACUGAUUCUUUUGGACUUCUGGAGCAGCCCCUUUGCGACGAGGGUGAGAAUAGCCCUAAGAGAGAAAGGGGUCGAGUUCAAGUCCGUAGAAGAGGAUCUGCUCGGCACCAAGAGUCAACUGCUGCUAGAAAUGAACCCAGUACACAAGCAAGUACCCGUCCUCAUCCACAACGGGAAGCCCGUGUGUGAGUCAACCAUCAUCCUUCAGUACAUUGAUGAAGUUUGGAGAGACGAAGCAGCUCCGCUGAUGCCCUCCGAUCCCUAUGAGAGAGCCAACGCCAGGUUUUGGGCUGACUACAUUGACAGAAAGAUAUACAGUACUUCAAGAUUAGUGUGGAUGGGAACAGGUGAAGUCCAAGAAACAGCAAAGAAAGAUAUAAUAGAGUGCUUCAAACUGUUGGAGUCAGAGCUUGGUGAGAAGCCUUUCUUUGGGGGCAACGUCUUUGGGUUUGUUGAUGUGAGUCUCAUACCCAUUUCUAGCCGGUUUUAUACCCUGGAGAAGUUGGGCAACUUCAGUUUGGCUGACGAGUGCCCGAAACUGGUUUCGUGGGCGAAGAGGUGCAUGGAGAGGGAGAGUGUGUCUAAGUCUAUGCCUGAUCAGUACAAGAUUUGGGUGCAGCGGAAUGAUGUUAUUGGCUUGUUCUUCUUCUCUGUGGUUCUGGAAUAAGCAUCAGUUGGCGCCUUGUUAAUGAACAACUAUCUAUAUUGAGUCGUCGCCGCAAAAAGCUAUGCACCACCACUGUUUUUGUCGCCGCUCCCGCUGUCUUUGCCGCUGCAUCUGUCGACGGAAACCCAAGUAGACAAGUGAGUAUCCUUGUUUCAUCGAAAUGUCUUGCAACCUCUUGAAUCAAAAUUGGUU